UCGGCGCGUCCGCACGCAUGCGUCCCAGAGCGGCGACACCAUUUUAGAGGAAGAAAGAAAAACAGGGACAGUUACUGACAAUCAGUAAUAAUAUAUCAGCAGUUUAACUAAUAAGAGCUCAUGUAAGCGCUGACAAACCCGGACAGAUAGAAGAUCCCCGCCGGGUUCCGACAUCAGCUCAGCGUCUGUUCUGGGUUUAUUGUUGUUAUUGGUUUGUGUGUUUGUGUGUGUGUGUGUGUGUGUGUGUGUGUGUGUUCGAGAGAAACUGAAGCAGUGCGGUUCUGUCCUCAGUCCAGAUGGAUGGAGACGAGGAGAUCCGCUCAGAUGAUGGCAGCGCUACUCCAGUUCAGGACGAGCAGGAGGAUGCCAGACCCGAGUCACGACAGUCUGAGGAUGACGGCAGUGAUAACGAGGACGCCGCUCACGACAGGAGGUCUGAGAACGCAGACAGCGGGUCGGAUCACGAGGCUCGUGGAGGAGGAGACGGGAGCGAUUCGGAGCCCGAGCCGCCGCGGCCCGCAGACAGCGAUGAGGAUGAGGAGGGCAGCUCUCCUGUGAAGCGAAGAGCGAGCACCUCCGACAUAGAGGAGGAGGAGGAGAAACCGCAUCCAGCCAGCGACUCCGAGCAGGAGGAAACAGAGAAGAGACGCAGCCCUAAAUCAGACGCGGCCAGCGAUUCGGACGAGGACAAACCCAAACAGAAAACUCUGAGAGACUCUGAUGCAGAAGAGGAGGAAGAGGAGGGAGGGAGGAAGGAGGAUGGAAAAUGGAAAGCUGUGAUGAAUUCAGACAGUGAGGAUGAGGACGAGAGACCGAAACAGGAAGCAGGAAGUGAUGAGGAUGAAGGGCCUAAACGACGGGCUCUGGCCAGUGAUGAUGAUGAUGUUGAAGAAGAUGAGAAGCCUGUGAAGAGGAAGAAGGCUGUUCUGUCAGACAGUGAUGAAGAUGAGGAUAAAGAGGUGAAGAAGAGCAGGCUGGUGUCUGAUGAAGACUCUGGCAGUGAUGAAGGCUCUGGAGUUCUUGAUAAGAGUUUAGCAGCUAAACUGAAGGAGCUGGGCUCAGACAGCGAGGAUGAGGAGGACACGAAGAGAGAUUCAGGGAAGAAGGACGAGAAGGCUCUGUUUGGCAGCGACAGCGACUCCGGAGACGACGAGGAAGAGAAAAUGAUUGCAGACAUCUUCGGAGAGUCCGGUGAUGAGGAAGGGGAGGAGUUUACGGGCUUCAAUCAAGAGGAGCUGGAGGCCGAGCGGCCGCAGUCUCAGGCUCAGGGACAGCAGGGACUGGACGACUCCGAUUCAGAUGAUGAUGUGGACAGAGGAGGAAAAGACAUGUCCUUCAUGUCAGACUUUGAGAUCAUGCUGGCUCGUAAGAAAGCUCAGAGCGGCAAACGCAGACGCAAUCGAGACGGAGGGACGUUCAUCAGUGACGCCGAUGAUGUUGUGAGCGCCAUGAUCACCAAAAUGACAGAAGCUGCAGAGGAGGACCGGACUCUGAACAGUCAGAAGAAACCGGCUCUGAAGAAGCUCAUGCUGCUGCCCACAGUGGUGAUGCAUUUAAAGAAGCAGGAUCUGAAGGAGACGUUCAUAGACAGCGGUGUGAUGAUGGCCAUAAAGGAAUGGAUCAGUCCUCUCCCGGAUAAGAGUCUCCCAGCGCUCAAGAUACGAGAGGAGCUGCUCAAGAUCCUGCAGGAACUGCCCAGCGUGAGUCAGGAAACACUGAAGCUCAGCGGAAUCGGCCGAGCCGUCAUGUACCUCUACAAACACCCGAAAGAGUCUCGACCGAACAAAGACCUCGCGCUCAAACUCAUCAACGAGUGGUCACGGCCCAUCUUCGGUUUAUCGUCCAACUACAAGGGAAUGACGAGAGAAGAGAGAGAGCAGAGAGACCUGGACCAGCAGGUCGCCCCGCGCAGACGCCUCAGUGAGCCUCAGACGUCUGAGAGACGCGACGAGCCAGACGUCUUUGCCCCGGCGCUCAGCUCAGGAGGACAGACUCCUCGCAGAGAUCUGGAGAAGGUGCUCACCGGAGAGGAGAAGGCGUUGCGGCCGGGUGACCCGGGUUUCUGUGCUCGAGCUCGUGUGCCCAUGCCGUCCAAUAAGGAUUACGUGGUUCGGCCCAAAUGGAACGUGGAUAUGGAUUCAAACAGAGCUCCGCUGAAGAAGGGUUUGUCGCGAGUAGAUAAACAGAUGCGGCGUUUCGCGGACAUCAAGCGCUUGACGAAGACGGGGCACGCGGUGAAGAUCAGCGUGGAGGGGAACCGCAUGCCGCUCUGACCUCCGCCUCCUGUGUUUCUGUCAGAUUCAGUCUUUGAUUCUCCAGCGGUUCUGCAGUCAGAUUCCCAUAAUGCCGUGCGUCUGUGCUGUAGCUGCGUGAGUUUAGCGGAGCCGCGUUUGCUAUGUGUUCAGAGCCCAGAGAACUACUCUGGGAAUGUUUUGCUCUUUGGUUCCGAUGUAUCUUUCAUAAUAAAGAGUUUCCAUGUCCGACAUUUUACUCAUGUUCUCCUGACCUUUUGCUUUUUAUUUCAUUAUUUUGUUAUGUUUGCAUAUAUCGUUUUAAAACAAAUGGUUUAGUUUAUGGAUUUUAAAACUGUAAUGUAAUUUAAUUCUGUAAUAACUAUUAAUAAUAAUGAUCAGUGGCUCAUAAAGACCCUCUUACUCAAAACAUCAGUCACCAAUGAUAUUAGACAAAAUCUUAGAAAUAUCACGUGAGAAAUUUAGAAUAUUGAACAUUUUCCAAAUUAUAAUAUUACGUUUCCAACCUAAAAAAAUCUUGACUGGUACUGUAGGAAAUUCACCAAAUAUGUUUUGUACAGUGUGAACACAUAUGAAAGAAAUUGUAUCAAUAAAUAAAAUUACAUACAUGAAUAUAUGCUGUAUAUAUUUUCAAAGAUAUGAAAAAUAUAUAUUUUUAAAGUGUAUAUAUACACACACACACACACACACACACACAUAUAUAUAUAUAUAUAUAUAUAUACACUCUUUAAAUGCCAAACGAAAUGUACUCGAAAAAAAUUAUACAUCUCCAAACAAAAAAUAAAUAUCGAGUCGCUAAAAAAUGUAUUUUGAGAUAUUUAAAUUUAGAUAUACUUCCUCUAUAUUUUUUAAUGGUCACAAAACAUAUAUUUAAAUACAGCUAUAUAAAUACAAGUACCUAAAAUAUAUUAAAAUAUUUUUUAAAAUGUAAAUUAGUGAUAUUUAUUGACAAUUUUUGUAUGUUUUGAAAUAUAAUUGAAAUAUAAAAAUAUUUUUUUGGCAUACAGGUUUCUAGGAAAUGCAUUGCUUUGCUUGGAAGUCAGAUUAUAAUCUUUCAAUAACGUGGAUAUCGGACAUUAACAAGUGGAAAAAUAGGACUUGUUAACUGAAAAAAUAAGCAUAAGAUAGCAUGAAAAAUUGUUUUAUUAUAUGAAAUCACUUCCUUAGUCACGUACAGAACAGAUGCAUGUUUCAUCACUUUUUUUUUCAGAGUUAUUUGAUCUAUUGCUUGAUGCUUUGUAAGAAAAAUAAAACAUUAAAAAAGAUGCACAAAUAAUUAACAAGCAAAACAUUGAUAACGCUUCACAAAAAGCUUCCGGUACUUCACAUUAAUUAACAUGGGAAAAAAUAUUUUAAAAUCUUAGUUCAUUUCAACAUUUACUGCUACAUUAUUAAAAUAAAAGGUUUUAUCUGUUAAUAUUAUUUAAUGGAUCUGAGCUGAUAUAGACUGACAAAUAUUAAAUACUGUAACAAAUAUCUUGCUUAUUGUUAGUUACUGCAUUUACUUUAAUUAAUGGGUUGUUAUUGUAGUGUUGUGCACUGUUUGUUUGUUUGUUUUUUGCAGUGUAAGUUUUAUGAUGUUAAUAAAGAGAAAAGAUCCUG